AAAAACAAAAAACAAAAAACGAAAGAACGAGCAGAAAACUUAUUUACGAGUAUAUAAAACACCAAUGAAUUAAAAAAUCACAAUCAGCAAAAAAACUAGCGUUAUUGAAUCUGAUAAUCUGAAACCGAAAUGUGUUGUCCAUCGCGAUAUUUAGCAAUUUUCAUUUCGCUAGCAAUCUUCAAAGAAGUGCAAAAUGCAUGUGUGGAUCCAGGAAUAAAUGCAGACGCAAAAGCCAUCGUAGAUUCGAAAUUUGACCCAAAAACCAUAGCUAGUAUUCUUCCAUACAGAACCCAAGAACAAUCCAUUGCAAUCAAUACUGCAAUAGCUGGAAUGAAUGCGGGGAAAGCUUUAUCUGACACAAACCAUAUCCCAGUGGAAAACACUAAACCAUACGAUGAUUUGAUAUUUGCCUUGGUCAACGACUCAAUGACCAUUUUCAGCAAGUACUUGGGACACUACCUACAUUUCAAAGAUGAAACAUACAUUAUUAUGAUAUUCAUACAAAUCGACGACAGAGUCAAGUUCAAGCAAACUUACGAUGGCCAACAUGGUCGUUGCUUCGACGAUGCUCGUAAAGAUCAAAGGCAUCCUUUUUCCAAUGCGUUGAGAGUUUGGGCUUUGGGUAAUAGAGUAGAUGUAUCGAUUUAUAAAGACAAAGAUGACUCUUGCGAUCAAGGCAACUGGUUAACAGGAGAAAAAGAAACAUGGAAUAAGAAGAGCAGAACUGGUCUGGAAGGUAUGCUAAUGAAACAUACAAUAGAAUACGCUCGAAGAGGCCUAGAAUGUUAUGGAAAAUCAUACGUUCCUACACCCCAUAUCCUCGAUGACAUUAAAGCAAUAAUUACAAAUCACGAUCUCGUCGAUCUCUUUACUUCUUUGGUUCGUUAUAUUCAGGAUGAUAGUGAUUAUUUGGCUGGCAUACUCCACGAUCAUUGCGACGAUAAAGAUAAUUUCACUCUUUGGAUAGUGGUUUUGUCAACUCGUCGAACACCGCAAGCGAUGAAAUGUCUCGAUAAAGCUUUUCAAGCUGCAUACAAUGGAGUCAAAUUGAAGGACUUCAUCUUGAAAUGCAACACUCAAGAUACUGUAUUUAGAGAUAUGCUGGCUGCGUUGGUAGAUUUGUCGUACAAACCGUACAAGAUUACGCCUAAGCAAUCACAACCACCGCCAGAAUCUAUUAAUGAAGACUAAUGCUAAUUUCUUCAAGAACAUUUUUUACUGUUGUAAAUACUAUAUAAAGUAAUGUGUCCGAAUUAUUUUUAGGAUAUGAAGGUUCUGCAAAGAGGCGAGGAAGGGAUGAAUCUAGUACAAUUUUGAAAAUUGUUAAGCGAUUUCGUCCAUUUUUAAACAAUUUGUGACCUUAUUCAAUUUUUCAAUCACAAAAUCAAGCGUGAGAUGAGCACGUUUUUAAAAACUGCAAGAAAGUCGCCCAAUUUUACCCUUUGGACAACAAAACAAACUGACGAAUAAAAACUGGCUAAGGCAGGUUGUGAGGUUGCUGCUUAAAACUCAAAAUUUUCUGUAAAUCGAACAUUCGGCAAGCAUUCAUGUCACAAUAACUUUCAGUGCGUCAUUAGUGGCUAUAAAAACGACAAAAACUGUUCCGAUAUAAAAAUUGUGAAAAAAUUUGUCUUCAAGUAGGUAUGAAG